GCCGGCUUCCGGUUUUAGCGCCCCUUCUCACGUGCUCCUCAUUGGAGAGUAGAACAGACGGACAUGGAGGCGGCAGCGGAUCAGAAAAAGGAGCCUGUGCGGUCCGGAGAGUUGCUGGACGUCGGCUCUUCAGGAGGGCUGUACAACAAGUUACUUGUAAAUUCCAAGCAGAACAAGAAACCAAGUUCCUGUCCUCCAAUAGUUAGACUGCCAAGAAGCAGCAUACUUGAUAGAGUACAGAACUUCCUUCCUCAAAUGGCACAAGCAAAUGAGGAUCUCAACAGGGAAAUUCAGGCUUCCUCAGAUGGGAAGUUUGACAUAGAAAAUGUGGAGGGUGAGGAAAACAUAAUAGAAAUGAAUGUGGCCUUAGUUGAACUGAACAGCUCUGACUCAAGUGAAGAGGACUCUGAUAGCUCAGAUAAUAGCUCAAGCUCUGAUUCAGAUGGAGAAGUGACUGAACAGAACAUCAGAUUGAGACAAAAAGGAAAGAAGGGAAAGAUAGAGGAACUGACUCCAAACAAAUGAAUCUUCACAUCCCUUAGUUGUGCACUGGUUAUUAGAAAGACCCUUGUUUGUAGGUGAUAAGACGGUUCCAACAAAGCAGUGGGUUUAUUCAGGGGGCAUUCCCCUUAUGACUUGUUCUAAAGCUGACGCCUAUGUAUAACUGUGGGUUUAUAUUGUUUACAGAAGACUAGAUGAUAGUUUCACUACAAAGCAAUGUGAAUGGAUUUCACAAGCAGUCACUGACAUGGUCCUAUAAGCCUGUACAUAGUGGAAAGGCCAGCAACUUGUUUGUGUAACCUGCAAACUUGGCUGCUUUUACUGUAGGCAAUGCCAAGGGCAAAAUCCAGGACACAUCAGCAGAAGAGAGCAUGGUGUGAAACACACAGGCUAUCCUCAAAAAGUACUGUAAUUAAUGUAUCGUAUAUACUCGGGUAUAAGCAGAGUUUUUCAGCACGAUUAUUCGUGCUGAAAACGCCCCCCUCGGCUUAUACUCGAGUGAACUCUCAGCCAGUCAAUCCCUUCAUCAGUGGUCUUCAACCUGCGGACCUCCAGAUGUUGCAAAACUACAACUCCUAGCAUGCUAGGUGUUGUAGUUUUGAAACCUCUGGGGGUC